AUAAUACCUACCACGAUAAUACAAGAAUACGCGAUGCGAAAGGAUGGAUGCAAUAGGUAAUACGGUAGGCGAGUGCGGGGUGUUAUGAAUAUGAUAUCCAAGGAUACCUAUUAUCUAAAGAUAUUAUUUCAUAUAAAUAGUAUUUUAUAUCUAAUACCUCAGCCUCAAUCCCUACUAUCUCUCUUUCUCACUCGGUCAAGGGUCAGGUACCAGCCAAACCCAAGCUAAUGCAAGCUGACUAGCUGCCCAGUUUACCGACGCGAGUACAAAUACGGCCGUCUUGCCAGUCGUGUGCCCUUUGGGUGUCUUUGUUCUUUUGUUGCUACUAGGUACCUAGGUAGUCUGCUAGUUCCUUUGACGGCAUCUUCACGGACUAGUCCUUCUAGCUGCCUCCCGCAAGCGUCAUGUCGUCCCUCAGAAGUAUCGCGGCCGCUGUCUUACAGCUGGGCUUCUUGGCGCAUACGGGACUCGCGAGAUCAUGCGAACGAGUCCCUAGGUUGGGCGCCGUCGCAUCUGAGAGCUCUGUAUGCUCUAAGAUAGGGACCGACCUACUUCAAGCCGGUGGGAAUGCUGCUGAUGCCCUUGUUGGCACUGUGUUCUGCGUCGGUGUCAUCGGCAUGUACCACAGUGGCAUUGGCGGUGGCGGUUUUAUGCUUGUCCGCGGUAGCGAUGGGAAAUACGAGUACAUCGAUUUUCGAGAGACGGCUCCGGCCGCUGCUUAUGAGGAUAUGUACGAGAAUAACACCGACGCUAGCUUAUACGGCGGCCUGGCAAGCGGUGUUCCCGGAGAGCUUAGAGGGCUAGAGUAUCUGCAUAAAAACUACGGGAAGCUCCCGUGGGCAGACGUGGUGAAGCCGGCCGUCAAGGUCGCUCGGGAAGGCUUCGAGGUAACAGCAGAUCUCGUGAAGUACAUAGCAUCCGUGACGCCAAACGAUUUCCUCAAGGAUGACCCAGCCUGGGCAAUUGACUUCGCCCCGGAGGGUUAUAUAGUCAAGCUAGGCGAGACCAUAACGCGCAAACGCUAUGCCGACACAUUGGAAGUCAUCGCUAACGAGGGUCCGGAUGCAUUUUAUACUGGUGCUAUCGCUAAGGCGACAAUAGCAGCGCUGCAAGGAAAGAAUGGGACCAUGACACUGGAUGAUUUGAAGAACUACACGGUUGCGAUUAGGAAGCCUUCUGAAAUCAACUACCGAGGCUAUAAGCUCACGAGCAUCAGCGCCCCGGCAAGCGGCGUGGUAGCGCUCAGUGCGCUGAAAAUCGUCGGCGGAUAUGAGGGUUUUGGCGAUCCUGCUGCGGUCAACCUGACUACUCAUAGACUGGAUGAGGCUAUCAAAUUUGCAUAUGGUCAACGAUCUGAACUUGGUGAUCCUUCCUUCGUCGAAGGGCUUGACGAGUACCAGGAGUCUAUGAUUUCUGAUGCGACUGCUGCUGAAGUACGCUCUAAGAUAUCCGAUUUUAAAACCCAGGACGUCUCGUACUAUGAUCCCGCCGGUCUCGAGAGCCUUGACACUCCGGGCACAAGUCAUAUUGUUACCGCCGAUAAGAGCGGCUUAGCUAUCAGCCUUACGACAACUAUUAACUUGAUCUUCGGAUCCCGUUUGAUCGUACCUGAGACCGGUGUUAUUAUGAACGACGAGAUGAACGACUUCUCUAUUCCCAACUCGAGUAACGCGUUUGGCUACAUACCGAGCCCGGCAAACUUCAUCCGUCCGGGUAAGAGACCUCUAUCUUCCAUCUCAGGGACUAUAGUCGAGACGGCCGAUGGCAAGUUGUAUUUCGUUAUAGGAUCCGCCGGUGGUAGUCGCAUCAUCACGGCCACCAUCCAGAAUAUUCACCACGUACUCGAUCAGAACUUUACGACAGCCGAGGCGCUGGCUGCACCCAGGCUACACGACCAGCUCAGCCCUCCCCAGAUCUCCUUCGAGUACUCUUACGACAACAGCACCGUCGCGUACCUACAGUCGCUAGGUCAUAAUGUGACUUGGGUGGCGCCGGGUCAGAGCACAGCGCAGGGUUUAAGAUUACUGCCGAACGGAACUUUCGAGGCGGCUGGGGAACCACGGCAGGUUAACUCGGGUGGCUUCGCUGUAUAAAAGUCUUGGGGGGAGGGAUUGUAAUUUAGGAGAUGAUUAUUAUGUUAAUAUGGCAUCCUUAA